CGUUCUUUACUUUUUAUUUUUCUUUCUCUUUGGCUCUUAUUGAGUUAUUGUCACCUAUUUACUUCCCUAGUGUCGAGACAAAAAAUCCUCAAAGGCUCUCGUUAGUCUUCUAAAUAUAGCUACUCAUAUAUUCCUCACAACCACUACUCUCCCCCAACCAAGUCUUUUUCCUCAUCUCUUUCGCUCUUUGUUCCCACUCCCUCCCGCCACCGACAUGGCCGCCGCAGCCUUAAACCGGCUUCUCUCCACUCUUUUCUUAGCCACCGUAGUCCUGAACUUCCCUAUUGCAACAUUCUCCGACGAGCCAUGCCAGUACCCGUGCUAUCCGCCACCAAUGGGCACUGUCACGCCGACCACACCCUCGACGCAGCUACCGCCACCAUCUGCCCAAACGGGGUCAUAUUCACCUCCAGUGACUGGUGGUGGGGUCUUCCCUACGCCAUAUCCGUACAACCCUCCGCCUUAUUAUGGCGGUGGUUCUUUCGGUGCUCAGCCUCCACCGGAUCCUAUUCUUCCUUACUUCCCUUUCUACUACAAGCAACCUCUUCACCGGUCACCGGACGAUGACUCAUCGUCGGCGACGCUCGCUCUUGGUAGAUCGACUAAUAAUCUCAUCAUGAUUAGUAUCUUGUUGUUCUGCUUCUAUGUCAAUAUUAUUUAUCGUUUUCCUUAGCUAUUUUAGUUUUAUUAGCUCUAGAAAGACAAUAUAUUUUAUCUAGCUAAAGGUAGUUUUUUUUAAAUGUUGAGGGGCAAGUCUUAAUGUAAUUUAUUUAAGAGUUAAAGUGGAUUUAAAAUGUUCAAUUAUGGUUAUAGGUUGCAUAAUUGAGUUUGAAUUGUGCCUGGUUA